CUGAUUCUGACAGGUUUUUUUUGGGGGGGGUAAGAGGAAAUGGGCUGAGUGAUCACUGUGAUCCAGCUCAGUCUCCCCUCAAGCCCCCACAGCCCCCACCACAUUUAUGGAAAGAAGUUGCCAGUAAAAACCAAAGAACAAGAGAACUACAAACUGAACUGGAAAAAAUAUUUGGACAAUCUGUGAUUGGGAGAGUGGAUGAGUCUUCUAGCUAGCCCUAUGAGCUUUGAAACCACAGCAACCACUUUCUUCAUCAUCCUCCUUAUUUGCUUCAUUUGCAUCUUCCUUUUAUUGGUGGUUUUUUUAUAUAAAUGUUUUCAAGCCAAGAAAGAUGAAGAGAUGGAAAAAGUUCCUUGUAUGGAUGUUAAUGGGGGUGAAGAUAGUUCAUCUGCUAAUGUAGAGAAGAACAAUUCAGAAAACCAGGAAAAAACCCUCCUAACAAAAAUCAUAGACUUGAACAUGCCUAUAAGGCAUGGCAUUCUUGUCCAGAGAAGAAGUAAAGUAGACAUAGCUACAUCUUUAGAAAACAAUGAAGACAUAAAGGAUCACAAAGAAGAAGACACACUGAAAGAGAAACAAGAGCCUGAAAAUGCUAAAGAAAAAGGCCAAGAGGAUGGUGGUUUGCAAGAAGCACCUAUACCUGUUAGUAGACUUCCUUCAGUUGUUGAAGACCACAAACGGCCUUUAAAAGGAGUGACAUUUUCUCAGGAAGUAAUUGUUGUGGACCUUGGGAAGGAAACCCCUAUACCUCGAAGUUAUACUCGACAACAUAAAGAGAGAAAAUGAGAUUGAGAGGGAAAGAAAUGUAAACUUAGAUUAACAGUGAAAUGCCAGGGGGCAUACAAAAUCAUGUUAAAAAACCAUCAAAAUAAUGUGAAAUUAAUGCAAAUACAGAUAGUAUUUUACUUCAGGGCAGAAAGAAGUGAACUACAUGCAAAGGUCUAUAAGUGGAACACUGUGAGUUUGAAUACAGUUGUUUUAAACUCAAAUCUGAGUUCAAGAACUUCACUAUAUUUUGCUCAAAAAACUCAUUCUGCUCCAACAGUUCUAAUAUGUAAAUAAAAUUAUUUGUGUUGUGCA